AUGCUACGCCACGAUUCAGGGUCGCCGGGCUUCUGGAAGCUCGCUGUGCGACGCAUCUUCAGAGCUCAGGAUUUCUAUGGCAGCAUAAGGCUAAUUAUUGGCCUGGCGCUGGUGCUGGGCAUAACGCCGUAUUAUGUGUCCCGCGACGGUUGCCACGGCGAGCGAGUGGUGCGUGAGUCGUGGUACGGAUUCGCCAAUUCCAUCAGCCGCUGGCUGCUGUUCGCGUAUUGCUACGUGCACAUACAUCUGCACAGAGAGUCCCUGAUUGGCUACUUUAUGCGCAACCACAUCUCGCAGGUGAGCCCCCGCUUGCACGAUGUGGCCGGCAUCUGGGCCGCCGUCGUCAUCUUUAUAAUGCCGCUUUUCCUGCGCCGCCAUCUGCGACACGCCAUCGAAACUCUGGUCCGCAUCGAUCGGCGCCUGGCGCGUUUACACCUGCCCGUGGACUACAAACAGGUUAAGUACCAGGCUCUAUUGGUGCUGCUGCUGGGCACUGCCUUGGAUGUUACCAUCAUAGUUGCCUGUCUCGUCUGCCUAGCCAAUAUGGAAGUGCGUCCCAGCUAUCAGCUGAUCUUCAUCAUGAUCUAUGAGCUGAUCACCGUAUCGAUAACAAUUUGUAUGUUCUGCCUGUUGGCUCGAUCGAUUCAACGCCGUUUAAUUCAAUUGCAUAAGAUUUAG